AUGACGGCCGCGAAACCUUCCGGGCCCGCUCCAGCGGCAUCCUGCGAGCUGCGUGAAGCAGUACGUCGACCAGGUCGACUUGAGCAGUUUUUCAAUGCACGCUCGCGCCUCAACCUCACCUCCUGGGUGGUCUCCGUAGCACAUUAUACGCAUCCUUCCCUUGCCCUCACCAAAGCCCUCCUGUAUCCCGCGCUCGCCUCGGUCGUCACCACCAAGUUGCCCGUGCUCGCCGCGCAGCUGCCCGCGCUUCCCGCGCCACAAACAUGGACGCGCAUGGCCACCCUCGACCUCGACAAGGUCGUGACGUUCCUCCCCGACGCCGGCAUGGACUUCUCUGCGUUACAGCGCGCCCUGGAGACGGAGUUCGGGCGCCCCAUGGAUUUCCGUGAAGACCUCCCGUUCUGGCGCAUGUGGGUCUUCACCGACGGUACCAUCGUCUUCGGCUAUGACCACUCUAUCGGCGACGGCCAGUCCGGGCCCGCGUUCCACACCCAGCUCCUGACCGCGCUCUCCCUCGUGCCUGCCGACUCCCUCCCCGCCGACGCCGACGCCUCGAGCAUCGUCGACCUCGACGCGACCACCGCGCAGCUCGUGCCGGCGAUUGAGAGUGUGACGGACACGUCGGCGUCCCUCUUCUCCCUGCUUGACGGGCUCGGGCACGAAAUCCUCCCCUGGACGGACCGCAAGGCGCCGCGCGCGUGGACGGGGAACCGGACCGUGCCGCACAUCGAGCUCGCGUGUCGGGUCCGCGUCGCGUACGCGGCGCCGGCCGACGCCGCGAAGCUGCUCGCGGUCGCGCGCGCGCACAAGACGACGGUGACGUGCACGCUGCACACGCUCAGCAUCCUAGUCCUCUCGCGGAUAAUCCACGAAGCGGACGCGGGCGCGGGCGCGAGGGCGCGCAAGAUCAGAUACAAGACGAUCCCGUCCGUAAUCCCCAUCAGCCUCCGGAGCCAGGUGGGGACCCCGAUGACGGCGAUGUGCAACCACGUCUCGACGUGGGCCUCGCACCGCGAGAUCUUUCCCAAGGACGUCGCCGCGGUCCCCGUGUCGCCCGCGAGCUUCCCCUGGGCGGAGGCGACGAAGCUCGGGGCGGACCUGAAACGCGCGAGUCGGAAGGCUGCGAAGGACAUCGGGCUGAUCAAGUACUUGUUUGGCAAGUACGACAAGUACUACCUCGACAAGCUGGGAAAGAAGCGGGGCUAUGGAUUUGAGCUGUCGAACCUGGGCGCGUUUCCGAAGGGCGAGAAGGAAGCGGUGGCUGUGGAGGGCGUGUGGGCGAUCCGCGAGUUGUGGUUUGUGCAGGCGGACGCAACGCUGGGAGGUGUCAUCAAGCUCAACCUCGCGGGAUCGCCUGAGGGUGGGUUGGGGAUAUCAGUCACUUGGGGCAAGGGUGCGAUUGGGGACGAGUUCGCGGAGACGUGGGUGAAGUGGUUCAAUGCAGGCUUGCAGGCGCUGAUCACGGCGGAGUAG